AUGGAUAGGAUCAGAACUCCAGCUUCCCAGAGGAAGAGGCAGAAAGGGAUGCAUUCCCCCAAAUUUUCCGGCAGUUAUGAAGUAAAGUUCAAUAACUUUGUAAUUUUUAUUAUGCAGAGGAAGAUGGGGAUGACCAGAAGGACAUUUCUGAUGGAGCUGGCAAGAAGCAAAGGUUUCAGAGUAGAAAGUGAACUAAGUGAUUCUGUCACUCACAUUGUGGCUGAGAACAACUCUUACCCAGAAGUGCUGGACUGGCUGAGAGGACAGGCUGUAGGUGAUAGCUCCAGGUUUGAAUUACUGGAUAUUUCAUGGCUCACAGCCUGCAUGGAAGCGGGAAGACCGGUUGAUUCAGAAAUGAAGUAUCGCCUCAUGGAACAAGCAGAUCGGUGUCCUGCUUUGAAUACACCUGAAUCAGAAGUGCCAUCAUGCACUGCAAGCAAAGUAUCUCAGUAUUCAUGUCAAAGGAAAACAACUUUAAAUAACUGCAACAAGAAAUUCACGGAUGCCUUUGAGAUAAUGGCUGAAAAUUAUGAAUUCAAAGAAAAUGAAAUAUUUUGUCUGGAAUUUCUGAGAGCAGCUUCUGUGCUGAAAUCUCUUCCAUUUCCAGUAACCAGAAUGAAAGAUAUACAAGGGUUGCCCUGCAUGGGAGAUCAAGUCAGAGAUGUUAUUGAGGAGAUUAUUGAAGAUGGAGAUUCUAGAGCUAAAGAUGUGUUAAAUGAUGAACGAUACAAAUCAUUUAAGCAAUUUACUUCAGUCUUUGGAGUGGGAGUGAAGACAUCUGAAAAAUGGUUCAGAAUGGGUUUACGAACUCUGGAAGAGGUAAAAGCUGACAAGACCCUGAAGCUGUCAAAAAUGCAGAGAGCAGGGUUUCUCUACUAUGAGGACCUUGUUAGCUUUGUAUCUAAAGCAGAAGCAGAUGCAGUAAGCUUGAUUGUCAAGAAUACUGUGUGCACGUUUCUACCAGAUGCUUUAGUUACCAUAACUGGUGGUUUCAGAAGGGGUAAGAAGAUUGGACAUGAUAUUGAUUUUUUGAUCACCAAUCCAGGACCAAGAGAAGAUGAUGAACUUCUGCAUAAAGUUGUUGACUCGUGGAAAAAGCAGGGCUUACUUCUGUAUUGUGAUAUCAUUGAAUCAACAUUUGUAAAGGAACAGAUACCAAGCAGAGAAGUUGAUGCCAUGGAUCAUUUUCAAAAAUGUUUUGCAAUUUUAAAAUUAUACAAGCCAAGAGUAGACAACAGCAGUUACAAUAUGUCAAAAAAAAUUGAUAUGGCAGAAGUCAGAGACUGGAAGGCAAUCCGUGUGGAUCUGGUCAUAACCCCCUUUGAGCAAUAUGCAUAUGCUUUGUUAGGCUGGACAGGCUCCAGGCAAUUUGGACGUGAUUUGCGAAGAUAUGCUACUCAUGAAAGGAAGAUGAUGUUGGAUAACCACGCCUUAUAUGACAAAAGAAAGAGGAUCUUUCUUAAAGCUGGAAGUGAGGAAGAAAUCUUUGCACAUCUUGGCUUGGAUUACGUCGAACCAUGGGAAAGGAAUGCUUAAAGUGAUUUGCCAGUGUGCAUUCAUCAGUUGACAGCGAUGGUCCUUCUGCCUAUCUUGCAGUCUGACUUAGACACAUAUAUAUUACAUGUCUCUAAGACAAAACUUUAAAAAAUAUUAGAAGCCCUUAUACAUGCUUAUGUUCCUAGAAAAGAACAGUUUAAGUUUGUCAGAAUCCUUGCCAGUCUUUACAGUUUUAGUCUUUGAUUUUUCUUCAUAGGAUGACAAAGAGGGGGUAAAGCUUGUGGAUUUUUUUUUUUCAAGUGAAAACUUCUAACUGGUGAGAUUUUUGCUUGUAACAGAAACUUCAAAUUUCUGUGAAUAAUGCUUUUUAAAAUAUUGUCAGUUAUGACAGUACCUAAAUAACACAAAACAUUUCAUCUGAGUCCAAAAAUCACUGAAGUACAUGCUUAGCUUUAGCUGAAUUUCUUAAGUAUUUUGCUGCAUUCAUAUAGAGUUUUUCUACAGUAUAUAAAGGCCAAAGACCUAGGCAGAAAUUAGUCUGGCAGUCUCAGCUAGAUGAGGCUUCAGCUAUAAUAUUUAUCUAGUUGCAGCACCACUCUAUAAAAACUGUAAUCAAGUUGAGAAUUCAGCUUAGACAACAUUACACAGAAAGAGAUUUUGGAAAGGAAAAGUGGAAUAACUCAGUAGUAAUCUUCAACAGUGAGGAAAAAUACUAUAAAUUUGGAGUACCAAUUUGGACUUCGGAAGAUCCAGGAUGUGAUGUCAUGAUCCUUGAUCAGGAAUUUGAAUUGUAACCUAUAUGACACCAAUUGCUUUAACUGUCAGACUGGUGGCUGCUCUGGUGUGAAAGCUUUUAUUUAUCUGUACUCAUUUUAUAUAUCUGGAAAUUUAGUUUUUGUCAGUAGCUAUAUAUGCACUCGAAUGAGAAGUUUACCUGAGCUAUUGGCUCCUCUAGACUGUUAUUCCAUCCUUUUGGUCAGAAAUUCAUUUUGUAUGUGAGAGACUUUCUAAUGAAAGUAAUCCUUUGAGAUGUUUUGUUUUCAGGAAAUUCCCAGUGGCUCUUGUGAUUGUUAUGGAUUUGCAAUACAUUUAUCCUUUAAUGAACAAGGGUAUUUAGUAGUUUAAUAUGUGAAGUUACUUACUGACAAUUCCUUUAUCAUAUUUAGAAUAAACGUGAUUGAGAGCACCAUGACUGGUCAAAAUAUUUUCUUAAUUAAGACUGAACUUUUUUUUCCCCUGCUAAGGGUGAUUUCACAUCUUGGCAUGACAAAACCAUUCACAACCAUUCUUACCGACAGUAAUGGUGUCCCAUAUUCAAACAAUGACAAUAUCCCAUGGCAGCAUAGAUGUCAAGGUUCUACACGUGCAUAAAAUAUACCAAGACUUAGUAUUAUAGUGCUUAAUUACAAGAUGAAUGACUUAAAGUGCAAGUGCCAAAGCUAUUGCUGGUAAUUAAAAAACAACUUCUAAGAAGCUGACUACUCAAGAGAUGUUUUGUUAGUAUAGUAGACAGUAUAGUACAAAUAUUAACAUAAGUUCCUAUGUGCAGUUUUAUAUGCAACAUAUUUCUGGUUGUUAAAAUAGGUAAUAGCUGUGGUUUUUUUGUGAAAUGUAUUCAUUUUCAUAGCUGGAAUUAGAACUAUAAAAACACUGAAUAUAUCAGUGCUUAUUCAAUUCUAUUUAUUUGAUGCCCAGUUCUUUUAGUUACAGUUCAUUCAUCACACACUCCAUCUCCACUACUGUAUUCAUGAACAAUACUCUCCUUCAGUUUAAUACAGGUAUUCAUCAGGGUAAUAUGUUACAGAAUCAGGCCCAGAAGUGACUGUAGGAAAAUGAAAACUAUUUCUUAAAAAGGAUCAGUUUUUUUUUUUUUCUAUAAUGAUCUCAUGCUAUACAAUAAGCACA